AAAGAUGAAUGGGAACAGUUUUAUAUUUGUCUUUCUGGUGAUAUGCCUCUUGAAUAGCAGUACGGAAUCCCUUUUCAGUGAUGAUGAUCUAGCAGCUAUUGCCUCACCGUCUACGAACGCACCUGGUAUUAGAAGCUACGGCGUUUCACGAAGAUCUUGGAGGCGCUCUUCAAGAGUGCUUCCAGCGACGGAUGUUCCAGACUCCCCUGGAUUGCCAACAAGAAAGAGAUACAGCUUCGCUCCGGUUGUAUCUUAUGACACCAAGCCAAGCACGGAUCCUGUACAACCAAGUUCGGGUUCAAGUGCACCAUCACCUUCUAUUACGAAUUGGCACAACUCCUAUGGGGGAUCAGGACCCUCGUAUGGCCCCCAAACAUCAAACCCUUUGUAUCCAGCUUCUAAUCCCCGGCCAAAUACACCUUCUAGCGACCCUAUUCGGGACUUCAUGGGUCAGCAAAUAGCGCCGGAAACUUCCAACAACAAAAUGUUCACCAUUGGUCAGGUUUCUCAAUGUGCGCUUUUGAAGAGGGAACUUCAUACACACAUUUUCGUACGUUCUUCGCUCAAUUCAGGCCCAGCAAAAGUGACGGGAGUGACGGUCGAAAUGCCACCGGAUAUGGCACCCGGAGUGACAAUCUAUUUGUUCCCGUUGCAGAAUGGAACAAGCCUUGUUAAUAUUUUAACCAGCCAUGAUCAACUUGGGUUUAUGGUCGUUAAGUGGUACAGUUGUAUGGGUAUACCAACUUCCCUUAAUGGGUAGAAUGAUAAACAUGCAAUGAUAAAUAAAUGGAACUUUGAUCCUUUUGCUCGGAAUUUUUGUUCCAGCAUCCUUUCA